AUGGAUAAUGUCAGUACCAUAAAUAAAGACCUGAGCGACAGCAAGCUUUCGGAUGCGCCAAACGCAUCGGAUGUUCUGUCGGAGCGUGGGCAAGCAAACUACAAGAAUCUCUAUCCAGUUUUGUCUUCAUUUAUCGAUAUCCUUCGCGACACUUACGACCCGGAAGAGAAUCCAGGCGGUGUCAUCAAUGCCGGCAUAGCAGAGAACUCUCUAAACUAUCGAGUGGUCGAAGAGUACUAUAGCUCAUUGGACAUUAAAUUCACAGAUCUGACGUAUGGAGAUGGUGUCGGCUCUUCACAAAGACUCAAGGACCUCUAUGCAGGCUUCAUCAACCAUCGCUUGAAGCCAACGCACAAGCUUGAUUCAGACAGUAUCUUUGUUGGCAGCGGUGUAGGCGGCGUCAUUGAUGCGCUGGUAUACAACAUGUGCGAUCCAGGAGACGGGGUCUUGGUUGCCGAGCCGUAUUACAAUGGCUUUGAUGUUGACUUUACGGUGCGCUCUUCAGCGAUUCCUGUUGGCGUUAAGCUUGAUCACCUCGACUCGCCUUUUUCCUACAAGGCUCUCGAAGCGUUUGAGAAGACAUACCUUGCAAAGAAGAAGGAAGGCAUCGUGUGCAAAGCGGUAAUGCUUUGCAAUCCUCACAAUCCACUUGGCAGAUGCUAUCCACGCUCAACCAUCAGAGAAUAUAUUCGCUUUUGCAAGAAGUAUGACUUGUGGCUUAUUUCAGACGAGAUUUACGCUUUUUCUAUCUUUGACACACCAGAUUCGUUGGCCGCUACUGGCGAAGACAAGGCUUUUGCUCCCUACCACUCAAUUUUGAGCUUUGAGGAUGAAGAGCUCGACGGCUUCGACAAGAUUUGCUUCCUGCACGGCAUGUCCAAGGACUUUUGCGCCAAUGGUUUCCGCAUGGGUUGCUGUGUUCUUCCUUACGACGGCCCUCUACGCAUCGCCAUGUCGGCCAGUAGUAUCCUUGGCAAAGUGUCAAGUCUGACCGAUAUCGCCUUUAGUAAGAUUCUGGCAGACAAGGCGUUCCUCGAUGAGUUCCUCGAUGGGAAUAAGCAGAAACUCAAGGCAGCUUAUACGGUCUUUGACUCAUGGGCCAAGGCGCAUGGAGUCAAAUAUAUGCCUAGCCAUGCCGGCCAUUUUGUCGUUCUCGACCUACCGGAGUCUACGAAAAGCGAUGGUUGGGCCGAUGAGUUGGCUUUGCAGCAGAUGCUCAUCAAGAAGCACAAGAUAUUCGUGUCGACUGGUGCCAUGUAUCAUUUUAGUGAGCCUGGCUUCUUUAGAUGGACAUUCACGAUGAGGCCGGACUAUGCUGCUGUAGCAUUGGAGCGACUGGCCACGGGCCUGGGUCUAUAG